AUGCCGGUCAUGGGCUUCUUGCUGGCUUUCAUUUCGGCCGUUGCAACUGCAGCCGGCGAGGAUUUCAGGGUAGACUCGAGCAGGUUGGCGUCUCAGGAUAUUAUCCUAGGAUCUCGCGCCUCAUGCUCCUUCUCCUUCUCCUUCUCCUCCUCCUUCUCCUCCUCCUUCUCCUCCUGCUCCUCCUCCUCCUUCUGCUUCUCCUCCAAGGAGGAGGCCAACUGUGCUGCGGAGACCCGGCGGUGGCAACCACCCCGACUCCUCGCGAGGAAUCCGUUGAUAUACGUCAUUGACAACUUCGCAACCAAGGAGGAAUGCCUCGAAGUCUUCAACAACAGUCAUGGGCGCAUGGAAUCUGCACGCGUCUGGAAAGGGAGCAUGGGCCGCGAGUCUCAAAAUGCGGCAGUGAGGAGCGGCCUCACUACCACACUGAACAAGCCCGCGAAGUGGACUUCAGUAACGCGAGAGAUCAUCGAGCGAAUGGAUGCAGCGACGAUGAUGCCCCAUGCAGUGGGCCAGUAUCUUCAAGUCACCCAGUACGACGUCGGAGAUUCCUACGAUCUACACCGCGACUCAAGCAUAGAGGCCGCGCGGACGCUCACAGCCAUCCUCUUCUUGGAGGAGCCUGAGGAAGGAGGCGAACUCAUCUUCCCCUGGGUGGACGACCUGGUGUCUGGGCCCGUGGCAGGGGCCGAAGGUGCCCCGCGCAAGGAUGCAAAAGAGAUCCUCGCCUCGGGCAAGCUCCCGCCGUUGCGGGAGGUUUGCGAGGCUGGACUCCGAGUGCGCCCGGUGCAAGGGCGGCUGGUGGUUUUCCGCAGCCAUGACCUCAUGGGCCGGCUGAUCAUGCCGCACUCUCUGCAUGGCUCCUGCCCAGUGAGAAGGGGCGUGAAGCGACUUGCCCAAAGGUGGUAUCAAUGGCACGACGUGCACUCGAACAACCUUCUCGGAGAGCUCAUCUCUCAGACGGGCCUGGAGCCAUCCUGGCGAGUGAAGCCGAAGUGA